AUCGCGACCACUUGCACCCAACAAUUCGAGGGACGACUAACCCCAGCAGCACAGGAAAUCCAAAUCUUCGCCGACCGGUUUGAGGAUUUGUUUGUCUAGCCGUCGACUGAGCUGCCCUUCUUUCCUUUUCUUUAAUCCCCCCAGAAAAGACGGUUACGAUGUCCAGCUUCGAGCAAGUUGUCGUCAUCGAUGGCAAGGGCCAUCUCCUUGGCCGACUCGCCUCCAUUGUCGCCAAGCAGCUCCUUAGUGGUCAGAAGAUUGUUAUCGUCCGUUGUGAGGCCCUUAACAUCUCCGGAGAGUUCUUCCGCGCCAAGCUCAAGUACCACGCCCACCUCCGAAAGAUCACCCGAUACAACCCCACCCGCGGUGGUCCCUUCCACUUCCGCGCUCCUUCCCGAAUCUUCUACAAGGCCGUCCGUGGCAUGAUCCCCCACAAGACUGCCCGUGGUGCCGCUGCUCUCGAGCGCCUUAAGGUCUUCGAGGGUGUCCCCCCUCCCUACGACAAGACCAAGAAGGUCGUCGUUCCCCAGGCUCUCCGCGUUCUCCGACUCCAGCCCGGCCGCAAGUUCUGCACUGUCGGUCGUCUGUCCCACGAGGUUGGCUGGAAGUACCAGGAUGUCGUUGCCCGUUUGGAGGAGCGAAGAAAGGCCAAGGGUGCCGCCUACUACGAGCGCAAGAAGAUUGCCGCCCGACAACUGGCCGAUGCCAAGAAGAACGCCACUGUCAAGGAGGAGACCUCCAAGGCUCUUGCCAACUACGGCUACUAAGCUGUUCAUAUCCCUCGACCUAGCAUCUUGCCGGUCUAGGCACAGCUUGGCAACGUCUAUCAUUUCUCAUGCGUUUCAUUAGAUGGCGCGGUGGUUCAAAGGGAUUUACUUGAUUUGCUGAGUGAUGGCAAGGGUGGCUCGAGGAGUAGAUGUCGAUUCCCCCCCAAAAGAAAUGUUCUAAAUGAAAAGUCCCCAACCACGAUUAUCGAAUGCUUCUUUUUGCACUUACUGCCCGCGACCAGAAGAACCUAAAGCACAGAGUUCCGACAAUUCAACAUGAUUUGCAUGAGGAUAACUGAGACUCUUGUGUGGAUACCUCUUCAAACCUUGGGAUAUGUGGUGAGGCUUUUGAUGAUGUGGAGGAGGGAUGCUUUGUUGAUGAACGUUUGACGGAGGCUGGCGAUUGUCAUUGAUCCUGUGUUUACCCAAGGACGCCAGAGUUCGGCGGACGGGUUUUAUGAGUGAUGGCAAUGGGAGGUGAUCUUGUUUCGCUUCCCUGAACGGGACAGGGUCUCGCAUUUUGCACAAUAGGAGUAGAAAAGGAAAGGCUCUUGUUUGAUCAA